CAAAAACCUUAAACCCCCACAUAACCGUUUCGCUCUUUUUCUUCAGAGUGCCGUAAGUGCCGUCACCCCUUUGUUAUCUCGUCCUCCACUCUCUCACCAAUCACCAUCAGUAACUUGUAAAGCCAAGGAGCAUUCCGUUGCCGGGGAAGUGACAAUUAGGGGGCCUUUGGUACGAAGGUUCCUGUGUUUCUAAAAGAGAUAUAGGCGCAUACCAUCGAUGGCAGGAGGCAAGAUCAAGAAGGAAAAGGGCAAGCCACAGCAACACACGCCUUACCAAGGUGGCAUAUCUUUUCACAAAUCAAAGGGUCAGCAUAUACUCAAGAACCCAUUACUUGUUGAUGCCAUAGUGCAAAAAUCUGGUAUCAAAAGCACUGAUGUAAUCCUCGAGAUUGGUCCUGGUACUGGAAACUUGACAAAGAAACUUUUGGAAGCUGGCAAGAAGGUUAUUGCUGUUGAGAUUGACCCACGUAUGGUUCUUGAGCUCCAGAAACGAUUCCAGGGGACCCCUUACUCCAAUCGCCUCACGGUUAUUCAAGGUGAUGUGCUGAAGACUGAGCUUCCUUAUUUUGACAUAUGUGUGGCAAACAUUCCCUAUCAAAUAUCUUCUCCUCUCACAUUCAAGUUACUCAACCAUCAACCUGCAUUUCGGUGUGCAAUUAUAAUGUUCCAGAGAGAAUUUGCUAUGAGAUUGGUUGCUCAGCCAGGUGAUAAACUCUAUUGUCGUCUUACGGUGAACACUCAGCUCCAUGCUCGAAUCUUCCACCUCCUGAAAGUUGGAAGAAACAAUUUCAGGCCUCCACCCAAGGUCGAUUCCUCUGUAGUACGAAUUGAGCCCAGAAAGCCGCGUAUUGAAGUUAAGCAGAAGGAGUGGGAUGGGUUUUUACGAAUUUGUUUUAACAGAAAGAACAAAACACUUGGUUCAAUAUUUAGGCAAAAGAAUGUCAUAUCUUUGCUUGAAAAGAACUACAAGACUGUGCAAGCAUUGAAAAUCUCGCAAGAAGGUUCACUGAAGGAAAUAGACACUAAAAUGGACUUCUCUAGUUUUGGUGACGAUCAAGCUAUGGAAAUGGAUGAUGAUGGAGUAGAUGAUGAUGAUGAAAUGGAAGUUGAGGAUGGGGAAGCAGAUCAGGUGCAAUCUGAGUUCAAGGACAAGGUUUUAGGUGUUCUUAAAGAGGGAGAUUUUGAAGAGAAGAGAUCGUCCAAGCUCACGCUGCAAGAGUUCUUGUACCUGCUUUCUCUAUUUAACAAAGCUGGCAUACACUUUUCCUGAUUUUAGAUUUAUCAUUUUCUUAUUGUUUCCUUUACUGUUUAAAUCUUUAGUAUUGGGCUGUUUUACAAGAGAGUGGUAUCAGAUACAAUUGUUCUAUACACUAGUUAAUCAUUUUUUUUUUUUUUUUUGGAGUUACCCAACCCUAAUUAUCUCUUUGAGACGAGUUGGCUCCCUCCGGUAUCCCCACGAGCUUCGACUCUUUGAGCCGGCUAUGGGACUAAUCCAGAGUGCGGGGGAACAGUGAUGGCUAAAGGUUCAGCCCCCUCCCCAAAAAUGCAUUCAGCGGGAAUCGAACACAUAUCCAACCCCACUAAUCCGGAGUGCGGGUGUUAAUCAUUUUAUUUUGUUGAGCUUAUUCAUGUAUGUAUAUGACCGACUAUGG